GCUGAAACCGACGUACACCCGUCCCCAUAUCCUCUCUCUCUUCCCUGUCUUGUCUAUUCUCAUUUUCUCUCUCUGUCUCUUUGCUCCAUUUCAGUGCUCUGUCUUCUCCCCCACCACCGCACUCUCUCAGAUAUUAUCAUUUCAUAUCACACAUUCACAUCCUAUCAUCAUCGACAACACGCUAUCCCCAUUGCUUCUUCUCUUCUCCCUCUCUCGUUUCCUACUUGACGGCGCCGUUUCGUUCUCCAGAAGAUGCUUCUGAGUACUUCGCGCUGCAACUAGACAUGAUGAGUUCAAGUUUCAAGACAUGGGCUGUGGGAUUUGCACUUGGAAAUGAAGGAGAGGCAACGUUGGAGAGCUGAAGAGGAUGCUUUAUUACGUUCUUAUGUCAAACAGUAUGGUCCUAGGGAAUGGAAUCUUGUGUCUCAGCGCAUGAACACAUAUCUUAACAGGGAUGCUAAGUCGUGCUUGGAGAGGUGGAAGAACUACCUCAAGCCUGGCAUCAAAAAAGGCUCUCUUACCGAAGAAGAGCAGCGCCUUGUCAUCCACCUUCAAGCAAAAUAUGGAAACAAAUGGAAGAAAAUCGCUGCUGAAGUCCCAGGGCGCACUGCUAAGCGGUUAGGCAAGUGGUGGGAAGUCUUCAAAGAGAAGCAGCAGAGAGAGAAAAAGGAGAUCAAUAGAAUUGCCGACCCAAUUAACAAUAGUAAGUACGAGCACAUACUCGAGAGUUUUGCAGAGAAACUAGUUAAGGAACGCCCUUCACCAUCAUUUGUCAUGGCUGCUUCCGAUGGGGCAUUUCUGCUCACUGAUACACCAGCACCUGCAUCUUCCUUGCGUCCUUCUUGGCUUUCCAAUUCUAGUAGUGCUGCAGCCAUCGGCCCAAGUUCCCUUUCUGUGAAACUAAGUCUUUCUUCCUCAACGGUGGCCACACCUCCAUUUUCAUGGUUGCCACCCGAGAGAGGACCAGACAAUGCUCCUUUUGUUUUGGGGAAUGUAUCAGCGCUUCAUGGAGCUAUUCCAACUCUAAGUGAUAGCAUGCAUAUGUCUCAGAUGGUGGAGCACUGUAAAGAGUUGGAAGAGGGGCAUCGUGCUUUGGCCACGCACAAGAAGGAGGCAGCUUGGAGGUUAAGUCGGGUGGAGUUACAGUUGGAGUCAGAGAAGGCCAACCGAAGAAGGGAGAAGAUUGAAGAAUUUGAAGCAAAGAUUAAAGCUCUUCAGGAAGAGGAGAAAGCUGCUUUAGGUAGAAUUGAAGCAGAAUACAGAGAACAGUUAGCUGCAUUGAGGAGAGAUGCUGAAAACAAGGAGCAAAAGUUGGCAGAACAAUGGGAUGCAAAGCAUUUACGGUUUACUAGGUUACUAGAGCAAUUAGGAUGCAGAGCAGGGCUCCUUGAGCCAAAUGCAAGAUGAAGAUAUAUUUUGGCAAAAUGGAUAUUGGUGCUCUUCUGACUAAAAUUAUAUGCAGUUUGUGAUCUUGGUAUAUUUUUAUUUUAGACGUGUAUGAAUUUCCUAUCUAUUCAUACAACUUGAGUAACUUCCGUUAACAGUUGAAUUACCUGCAUAUGGUAUCACAUCCGAGUUUAUAAACUUAGUUAUAUUCCUGAA